AUGAUGCUGAUACCCUCAAUCAAUCAGUUUGAAGGUGUUAUAGAUAAUAGUUACUUGGCAGACUUCUAUACGGAUCCAAAGAAGUAUAGCUUUCCACUACAGAUAUACUUGUUGAAUCAACGUUUUAGACAACAACAACAGAUCAUAUGGCAGGGCAAGGGUGGUGUGCAGGACAGGACGAUAUACGAGGAUAGCGUAUUUGCAAAGAUGUUGAUGGAGGCUGGCAUGAUGGAGAAAAGGGAGUACGAGACAUACUGCUCAAUGUUCACCAGUCUGUCCAACUUUAUGAAGAUACCCAAUCUGAUCAUACAUCUUGAUGUCACACCAGAGGAAUCACUCAAGCGCAUUCAACAAAGGAAUCGUGAAUGUGAGAAGACCAUCACACUCGAAUACCUAAUCAACCUAGACAAGGCCUAUCAAGAGUUCAUCAAAGACAUCUCAAAGUAUAUCGCUGUCAUCCGAGUCAAUUGGUCCGAGUACAAAGAUCCCGAGGAGUUAGCAUUGAUGAUCAAGAAGGAGUAUAUGAGUAUGAGGUUGAUACAUGAGCUGAAGUGA